AGGGGAAGCUUCCGCGUCCGCCCUGGUGGAGGACCGCGACUCUAUGGUCCCCGCGGGGCUGGGGCUGGGGCUGGGCAGCGGCGGGAGGCGGCCCCGGGACCGGACGCGGCGGAGGCGCCUGCAGGAGCGCGGGCAGAGCGAGAGCCCAGGCCCCGGGGGCUGCGGCGAGGCGGCUCCCGAGGGGACGAUGGCGGCUGCGCUGGAGCCGGUGGCAGCCGCGCGCCUCCCCCGCGCCGCCCCGGGGCCCAUGGAGGGGCAGGAGCCGGGGCGGCUCCCGGCAGGAGUCCUUCAGCUGGUGCAGGCUGGCACGGGCGGGGCGUCCCCAGCCUGGCCGGCCCCACGGCCAGUCAAGCUGCAGCUGCGGGAGGAGCCGGUGCAGCGCUGGGAGAUCCAGGGGCAGGAGGUGAAGCAGGCCACGCAGCCCCCUUCUCUGCCCGAGCUGCCCUCGGAGACCCCCCCGCCGGCACCGGGGCACGACCUCCCCGCCCCGCACGCCUGGCGCCAGCGCUUCCGGGGCCUCCGCUACCGGGAGGCCGCGGGGCCGCGGGAGGUGUGCGGCCGGCUGCGGGAGCUGGCCCAGCGCUGGCUGGAGCCCCAGCGCCGCAGCAAGGAGCAGAUGCUGGAGCUGGUGGUGCUGGAGCAGUUCCUGGCCAUCCUGCCCCGGGAGACGCGGAGCUGGGAGUGGGGGCGCGGCGUGGAGACCUGCGCCCAGGCCGUGGCCCUGGCCGAGGGGGUUCAGCUGGGGCAGGAGGAGGACGAGACGCUCCAGGUCACAGUGAGUAUGAAGGUCGAGGAGGUGUCUUCAGAUGAGAUGCAGCUCAUGGGGGCGCUGCAGGACCCUGAUGAUUGCUGGCUGGAGGAGCCAAAGGCCCAGGCUGUGGAAGUGUUCCUGGAGGAAGCAGGAGAGAGGGAAACUCUGGGGCCUCCGGACGAGCCACGUUGUGUCCCCAAAGAAGAGCCCCUGCCUGACCAGAAGUCAGAUUCGCCCAAUGCUGAGGAGACCUGGGAGUGGUCAACAGAUGAAAGCUGCUCAGGCUGGUGCCCUGGAGGAGGCCCUUCCCCAGGAGCAGGUGCCGGGACCCUGAUUAAAGCUGAUCAGCAGCCUCCUGGGGAAGGGCCUGUAAACUUGGAGAUGCAGAGGACAUCCCCAGGGAGACUGGGAGAGAGAGGCUCCUUGAUACCAGAGCUGGGCCAAGUGCAGAAGGGGCUGGUCAGGCCUCCAAAGCAGGAGGAGAGCUUGGAGCUCCAGCAGGUGUUUGAGGACGUGGCCAUGUAUUUCACCCAGAAGGAGUGGGAGCUGCUGGAAGAUGACGACAAGGUGCUUUACCGGGACCAGAUGCUGAGGAAUUAUCAAGCCCUUGUUUCCCUAGGAUAUCAAGGUCCCACCCCUGACUUAAUCUGCCGCAUCCAGCGAGGAGAGGUGGAGCUCUGGGUCUGUGAGGACGAGGACCAGGAGAAAAUCUUAAAGUUGGAGGACCUGUCUCCAGAUUCCUGUGACAUGGAGGCCACCUGGGAAUUGUCAGCAGAGGCUAGCUUCAUGGUUUCAUUCCCUGCACCAGACCUUUCCCUGAAAGCAGGAGGUACCUGGCUGCUGAGCAGAGCUGAGGAGCAGGCUCCUGAGGAAGGGCCUGUAAACCUGGAGCCAACACAGACUUCCCUAGGGGGGUUGGGUGAGAUGGACUCCCUGAGACCUGAGAGGGACCUGUGGCACAGGAGUCAGGGGAGGCCCCAAAAGCAGAAGAAUAUAGCAGUGAACCAGGUACCAUCACCAGUUGGUCGUGAGAUGUAUAUGGAGAGUGGGGAGCAGUCACACCACUGCACCAAGUGUGGGAAGAGCUUCAGCCAGCCCUCCAACCUGGCCAGGCACCGGUGUGUGCACACAAGGGAGAAUCCAUGUCAGUACUCUGAGAAUGGUAACAGUUUCCACCACUUCUUCAUUCUAGCCAAAAGCCAGCAAAUCCACUCAAGGGAGAAGUCACAUCCAUGCCCUUAUUGUGGGAAGAGCUUUAGCCGGCGUUACCACCUGGCCCGGCACCAGCUAAUCCACACAGGGGAGAAGCCAUAUCAGUGUUCUUUGUGUGGGAAGAGCUUCACCAGCUCCUCCCACCUGGCUGAGCACCAGCUCAUGCACACAGGGCAGAAGCCACAUCACUGCACUGUGUGUGGGAAGAGCUUCAUCCGUCGCUCUCGCUUGGUCGAGCACCAGCUCAUCCACACAGGGGAGAGGCCUCAUCAAUGCUCUGAGUGUGGGAAGAGCUUCAUCCGCUCCUCCCAACUGGCCAAGCACCAGCUCAUCCACACAGGGGAGAAGCCGCAUCAGUGCUCUGAGUGUGGAAAGAGCUUCAACCGCUCCUCCAACCUGGCACAGCACAAGCUUAUCCACACAGGGGCAAAGCCACAUCAGUGUUCUGAGUGUGGGAAGAGCUUCACCUGCUCCUCCUACCUGGUAAAGCACCAGCGCAUCCACAGAGGGGAGAAGCCACACUAGUGCCCUGCGUGUGGGGAAAAGAUUCAGGCACUCCUUCAGCCUGGCCUACCACCAGCUCAUCCACCAAUGGAAGAACCCACAUCAGUGUUCAGAAUCUGGGAAGAGCUUCACUCAGUCCUCCAGCUGGGCCCAGCACCGGUGCAUCCACAGAUGGGAGCAUCCACAAUUUUGAUGGCAGUGAAGGGGGAGGGCUUGGGGAUGUCUGCCUGUUUUGUGUUGGCACUGGAUUUAUGACCCAGUUACUUUGUUCCAGACUGACCCAAACCCUUAGAACAACCACAGCCUUUCCAUUCAAUAAUAGGCAAAUGUUAUCGAUGCAUAGUAAUAGCAUGCAGGGAAGGCAAACAAUUCUAUAUCUACCAGUCCUAGGGCUAUCAUGGAGGGAAGGUAUAUCUUGCCAGUACAUGAGCUUCACCCUGAGAUUCUUUAUUGAAUGUCAGAUGGGAGCAGCCUGGAGGUUGAGGGCCAAGGCCCACCCUCCCCCAGUGGGGUGGGUGAGAUAGGUUGGUGGCCUUAGGUUCCCCUCUAAGGGACCAUUUGCUGCUCUGAAAUCCCUCCUUUUGUGUCCUGAUGACUUUACAUUCCUGAGCAGCAUUGAUUGGUUUUCCUGUGGUUGUCAUACUGUCCACGUUCUGUCCUGUCAGCAUAUUCCUUUGUUUCAACAAACCUAUCACAAGCACACAUCUUAAUUUGGUUAUUUACCAGGGCUCUGCAGUUGGGCACUGUGACCUAAUGCCAACUUAUUUCAUGUUGUGGAACAGUGUGGUACAUGUCUUCAGUUUCCCACCCUGUGUGUCUACUGGCUUCAGACACAAUGGGCCUUGAAGGAAACUGUCACAAACAGGCUUUUAGAAAACAGUUAACACUUGCGAUUGCCCUGGACCAUUGUUCUAAUGCAAAUCUACUUUACCUGCAAGCCAUUUUCCAAAACCUCUAAAUACCAUUUUCUAACCAUCACUCAGCAUCCACCAGUGACUGCAUUUAGGCAAGCAGCCUCAUGCUGUUGGACUGCGGGAAGAGUUCACCCAGUCUUUGGCCCUUGUAGGGCACAGCAGAACUGAAAGGAUCCAAGGACUGGCUCCCAUGGUUUGGUUGGAAGGGCAGGGGGGAGCAGGAUGCUAAGAGGAAACACCUCAAAAAGAGACUAGCCUAGAUGUUGGGGGAACCUGUGAAGAGAUGAUCUUUGUAUCGGCCUUGGAGCCUGUGCAUUCCCCAUCGUUCCCUACAAGCAGUCAGUGCUCCCAGGGGGAGAAGACAUACCUGCACAAUAAGGUGCCCUCCCAAGACAGCUGGAUCCAAAUGACACCCAGAGAUUGUCAUUCACCACCUUCUAGCUUUGUCCUCCCCCCUGGUCCCAGGGUUCUGGUAUGUGAGGCUCUUGAGUUGCAAAAAGGAGGACAUUUAUGGCUGGGGAAGGAUUCCCUGCCCUCCACCCUGACCUCAUCUCUCCUCCCCACCACAUAACUCCUCUCCCAGACCUGCACAUGCCCAUCAGGGUCUGCAAGGACCUGCUACUGCCCCUCUGCCUCCUCCAGCUCAGCUUGACAGGUUUUGUUUCUCAUUCUUUCCAAAUCUCUUUGCCACUGGGUACGUGCUGCUCCCUCUGUCCUCCUUCACUUCAGUGUACUCUUGAUAAUGCAGUCUGUGUUACUAAAGCGCCAGAACUGUGGUUGGUUUCUGUGUCAUCUCCAAAGCUGUGCAAUGGGACUAGACCAGGGCCCAGAACCCUUUCCAGGGCAGAUCUCUCUGACUUCCCAACCCCAUCUCUUUCUAGAGCGUUCACCAUAAUCUGGGGCUGGUUACUAACCCUCAGGAACAGGAGUUGGUCACACCUGAGGCAUUACUCCCAUGUCCUGCUGCGCAGGUGGGACCUUGCCCUUUUGAAGGAACAUCUGGCCAGGGGGCAGAAGUCCCUUUUCUGGGUGAGAUGGGGUAGCAGGGGUGAAGGAGGUUCAACCUGUGGCAGGUGCUGCUCCUGUGGAAGGGUGGGGAAAGUAUCUUCUGGCAUCUUCUGGCGUAGGCCACUGGGGGGGUGUUCCCCAGCAGCCAGUCACCAAACCCCAAAUCACCAGUAGUGAAACCAGAAGUGCACUUCUGCCGGCACUUCUGGUUUCGUGCCUGGUGUUUCCAGGGGGUGCACGACCAAUCUCAAGGGCUGCGUGUGCACCCCCUACAUGUUGCCAGUGUGUGCUGGGUGAAAUGCAGCCUUUUGUAAUCUCCCAUUUUGAAUACAGGCAGUCCUCCGACUUACAACACAAUUGGUUCCCGAAAAAUGCGUCGUAAGUCGAAAUGUUGCAACUUGGAACCAAUUUUCUCAUAAGAAGCAGUAUUAAAAAUGAGGGAUUGGUUCCUGAACCAAGGCCCAAUACCCUAUUUUCCCCCAAAAUACCCCAGAAUUUUGUACUGAAUCAAUUAUAAAUGAGUAAUAUAGCUACAUUCAUCUAUUUGUAUUGUAAAUAGCAAUCAUAUUGAUUUGGAAGGACUUCUUUGAGGUGACUUUGCUGGACUUUUUGAAGGGCUCUUGGCUGGAGUCUUGACUGCAGGUUUGUCUCGUGUCUUGUCUGCUUUCUUAAAGUGUCCAAGGAGGUUUGGACAGACGUUCUCCAUUGGGUGACGCAGCAAAGUUGUUCGCUGCCGUCGCUUGAUGUCAGAUCAAGCGUUGUAAAGUUGAAACUGACGUCAGAAAGUUGAAAUGGUGUCAAUUUAGAAAAGUUGUAAGUGCGAAAUGUUGUAACUCAAAACCUUUUAAGUCAA